UUCGCACCGAAUUGUUUCUGUUUCGCCCUGCGUUUAAAGAAUUUGCGAAUCUACUCAAAAUGCCUGCGGUUGUGCGUAUAAAGCGGCGAAUCGACGAGGAGCCGCACACCGCAUUUGUGCUGAAUGGCAAGCGGCGGCGCAUCCAGAACGAUGAGAACUCUCUGGAGGAUUCGGGAGCGGUGGCGGGAGCAACGGCAUCAGAAGCAGACAAAGACGAACUGACCACCGUCCUCAAGUUUGCCGGCACGCUGGAAAAGCAGGAUGACUGUGCCACCCGUCAAUUUGCGGCUGCCAGACUCAACAAAACCACGGCUCGUGAGUUGGUGCAGCAGCAGCGAUCCAAUGAUGCAGCAAUUGCGAGUGCUCUUAGGCGAGAUCGUCAGCGUCAGGAGGCUCAGCAAAAUGCCCGUGAGCAGCGUUUCCGGGUGGUAAACUGCCUGCGCAGUACGCUCGAGGAUACUUCAGCCGAAGCGGAAUUCCCGGAGAAUCAGAACCCGGAGUCCAGGAGUCACAUUACCAUAGUGGACAUUGAAUCGCAACAGCAACAGCAGCAGCAGUCGGGAGCAGAUAAUCCAGAUGUUCAGGAUCAACAGGGCGCCAUAGAACCCAGCAGCCAUGAUCAGCAACAACCUGCCGAUUCCGAUGUGGGUUAUGUUUACGAUCUAUAUGUUCCCGAAAAUGAGAUGCAGGCCGCCUAUGUCGAUAUGAUGGACGACAACUACUUAAGGUUGUAUUAUCCGUUUAAUUACUACAACAACUGCUACUGGUAGACAUGACAAAAGCAUAAAGAAGAGAAACAGAGAGAGAGAGAGAGACAAAGCCCAGGCAUUUAAGAUGCGUGAUGACACCCAACACCCCACCCACGACAAUAAAAAAGGACUGCAACUGGCAACUCACAUCACGUAUAGUUCACUAAUAUCAGCAUCUGACAAAUGCCUAAAAAACUACCGAUUGAAUGGAUUGUUUUUGUGAGAUUAAAAUGGCACGAUUUAAAUAUACGUUUUUACUGAAAGCUAUUUCUUAAAAGAAAUUGCAGAAACGAACUUUAAAACCUGUUAACCAAGUUAUGUUCGUGAGAUGUUAUUUUAUUUUCCAAUCUUAAACUAUGCUAUGCUUAAAAAUAUGUAUCAUAAAUAUGUAAAGUUUACAUAAUUCCCUCUUGCCAAAGUCUUUGAAUAAAAUAAUUAUGUGUUAGUUUCCCAUUAAUUACCAAGUUCUUCUGUUUAUAGUUGUUAACACGCACAAUAUGUGCACUCAUUCGAUAGAAUUUUAGGCAAAUGUCUCGUUAACAUAAGUUCUUAGAUUUAAUUAGCUAUUAGAUUAGUAUAAAUUAGCCUAACAAGCACACACACACACACCGCAUAUUCUAAAACUGUUUUCGCUGAGUAUUUUUCAUUUAAUUUUCGCCAGUUGUCUGUUGCUUUUUUCCUUAAUUUUUGCAUUCCGAAAAAAAAACAGAAAACAAUAGUGCUGAAGUCUAUUUAAGUGUAUAGUUUUAGUUUAGUUUUGCUUUAUUUUUGUUGGGGUCUAGCGUUGCCCGAAACCGAAAAUAAACUGAAUAAAGAAAUCAACAUAAUUACAUGACAAA